AUGCUCGAUCAAAACGUCUUGUUCUCGGCAUCCACAGUUCAUUUGGAACAUAUUACUACAGCCUUAAACUGCCUAACGCCUUUCGGACUGCGAGAUGAUGUCCUUAUAAUUAUCGACAGCGACGGACUUUCCUUCGCGAGAGAAAACAACCGCGUAAUAAGUAUCCAGUUGUUUUUAUCCAAAGAGCUGUUCAUCUCCUACCAGUACAACGCGCCUGAAAGCGAUUCUGACGCGCACACGAAGAUAUCAGUGAAGAUCAACCAUAUCUUGGACAGCAUCAGUGUGGCCAGUCGUGACAAGGAUGACGUUGUCGAGUGCACGCUUUCCUAUGUUGGGGAGGGAUCGCCCUUUGUACUCAUAUUCGAAGACUCGGCAAUAACUGAGAAAGUGGAAUACUCAACUUACCUUACUAAGGAGUGGGAUAUGACCGGCCUCGAACUUGAUAGAAGCUUAGUCGACCUAGAAUGCAUGAUGAAGGGCGACAUUUUCUACAGUGCCCUUCAAGACCUUAAAGAAAUUGGUUGCAAAGAAUGCUACAUUUACGCAAGGGCCGGGUCUAGUGGCAAGAACAUUUUCGCCAUAAUUUCCAAGAGUCACCUUGGUUUUUCCAAGAUACUGCUUCCAAGCGAGCGAUCCAUUUUGGAGAAGCUUGAAACCUUUGAUUCAGACACUCAUGAAAAGGUUCACGAAAAGCCUGUAAUAGGCUUUUUCGAUUUCGGGUCCUUCGACAAAAUGAGGGCGAGCGCCAAAAUAGCUAGCAAGGUUCUUAUUAGGAAAGACGCCCAUGGCUUGAUGAGCGUCAAUAUUUUAAGUGAAACGGAUGAUAUUUUACGCGGAGACUCAAAAACCAAAUCGAGUGCCUCUCCAGCGAACCCCCACUCUUCUGCAUACUUAUCCAGGGAAUACCCGGGGAUUGUUAUAGACAUUUCCAUUCUUGAGAAGGCUAGAGUGGAUUAUGAUGAUAUGGAGGAAGUUAAACUUCUAAUGCAAAAUAAUGAUGAACUAAAGGCCCCACCUGCAUAUCAACCUGUUUCAACCGGCGCAUCUAGGGACCCCAACCCUGCUGCUCAAGAAAGCACUUCGCUACUAUUCAAUGAGAGGAAAAGGCACGCCGAAGAACUUGACAACGGUGAAGACGGGGAAUUCAUCCCUGCUACAAACGACAUUCCUCUGUUCUUUUAA